AAGGCGGUUAUAAGGAUGAUGGUAUAUCCAAGGGAAAAAGUGUUCAAGAACUAGCUGCACUAUUUCAAUCAAAAGAUUGUGAUUUUUUGGACAAAGAACUACGAAUUGUUUUGAUUGGCAUGACUGGUUCAGGGAAAAGCUCAUCUGGCAAUUCCAUUCUUGGCUUUGACAAGAAACAAGGCAUUAAAUCGGAGGCUAGUUCUACGUCAGUUACAGCGACAUGCUCAGUUAGAAAGGCUGAGCGAUUUGACUGUAAUCUAGUGGUCAUUGAUACUCCUGGCACGUGUGAUACUAGCCAAUCAGAGGGAAAGAUCAGCAAGGAGAUUAUCCAGAGCAUUACCAUGUCAGCACCAGGUCCUCAUGCAUUCAUCAUGGUUCUAAGAGUCAAGCGAUUUACCAAAGAAGAACAAGAUACAAUUAAAUACUUCAAAGAUGUAUUUGGAAACGAAAUGUUAAACUAUUUGUUCUUGCUUUUUACUGGACUUGACGAUCUUGAAGAGGAUGACAAAACCCUACAAACAUUUCUAGAUGAUGCUACAGGAGAACUUAAACAACUAAUCCAAGAAUGUGGUGGCAAAUGCACUGCAAUAAACAAUCGAGAAAAGGGCGUUACAGUGAAAGAAAUGCAAGUUAAGGAGUUGAUAGAUAUUAUCAAGAGGAAUGUGGCCAAACAUAAUGGAAAAUAUUUUACAACAGACAUAAUGAAAGCAGCAGAGCAAGAAAUUCGUAAGCGGGAAGCCAUAAUACGACAAGAAAAAGAAGAAGAACUUAGAAAGAAAACAGAAAACAUCCGGAAAGAAGUAGAAGAAAAGUUUGAAAAACGACGAAAAGAAAUGGAAAAAGAAAACAAAGAAUUGAAGGGCAACUUGGAAGAAUUGAUGGAAAAACUAGAAGAAGAAAAGCAAACGAUGCUGGCAGAACGCACCACACUAUUAAGGCAGGAACAGGUGAACAUCGCCGAAGUGGUUAGAAACGAAGUCCGAAAGCAAGCCGAAACCAAUGAUUCCUUCAUAGACACUGUCGGAGAUGCAUUCUGUCAUAGGUUUUUGACGCAAGAACUACGACUUGUUUUGCUUGGUAUUUCUGGUAUGGGGAAAAGUUCAUCUGGAAAUUCUAUUCUUGGAAUGAAAGUCUUUAGUUCUGGUUCCGCUACAUCAAAGUGUCAGAAAGGAACUGCCUCACGCUUUGGUCAUGAUAUCGAGGUCGUCGAUACCCCAGGUCUACUGAAUACUGCCCGUUCGGAAGCAGAGGUCAUGAAAGAGAUUAUGAAGAGCAUUACCAUGUCAGCUUCAGGUCCUCACGCCUUCGUCAUGGUUCUAAGAGUCAAGCGAUUUACCAAAGAAGAACAGGCUGCAAUCCAGCUAUUGCAAAACGUAUUUGGUCAAUACAGGGUCCAGUCCCUAUUUCUGCUAUUUACCGGCCUUGAUGACCUUGAAGAUGAUGACAAAACUCUAGACGAUUUUCUAGCUGGUUGUACUGGACAGCUUAAACAUCUGAUCCAAGAAUGUGAAGGCAAAUAUACUGCAAUUAACAAUCGAGAGAAAAAUGUGGAAGUGAAAGAAAAGCAG